GAUAUUUUCUCUCUCUCUCUCUCUCAAGUCUCAGCACUGCACCGUGCCUCCUCCUCCUCCACGCCCGCGCCUCUUCCCCAUUCCCACACCCACGCCUCUCCCCCUCCUCUCGGCAGCCGGCAGCCUGCGACGGCGACGCCAGCGAUACGCACAUGGUGCACGGGGCGCGGAGCUGACCGUGGAUGGUGCGGCCUCCCCUUGCCCUCCAGAUCUGGCGAGUCUCCUUCCUCCUUCCUCCUCGUCGAGCUGCCGCAUCGACCGGCGCGAGAGAGGCGCCGGCGGCAAAUCCGGCCGCCAGAGGGCCGCAGGCGGCAAAUCCGGUCGCGGGAGAGGCGCGGGCGUCGGAUCUGUCCGCCAGACAGCAGCGGGAAGUGCUCGGGCGGCGGGAGUGGCGCGGACGACGGAUUCAACGUGGUGAGGGUGCGGGCUUCGGCAGGCGGUGGUGGUCGCGUGCACGCGCUUCGGCUCGGGCGUGGGCUUCGGCGGGUGGCGACGAUGGCGGCGGCGGUGGUCUCGCGGGCGGGCUUCGGCGGGCAGCGACAACAGCGACCGCGCGGCGACCACGACGGCGGCCCUGGGCUGCCUUGAGCGGGAGCUCGACGACGGCAACUUGGCUCCCUCACCGAUGGCAACCUGUUGUUGUUUUGGGAUUGUGACUGUGAUUUACUUCUGCAGCUAAAUGUGAACUGUGAUUGGGGAUUUGGGACAAUGAUUUAGGAUUUGGGGACAAUAAUUUCGAAUUUGUGAUUUUCUGCAGGUUGUUAUGGAUCCAAAUUUUCAAAAAAAAAAAAUUUGCUCCAAAAAUA